AUGUCCCUGCCCCAGUCCCCAUCAGCGGUGAGCACUGAGUCCCGCGCGGUUCCUGGCGUUCCCGGUGGUGAGAGAAGACAGGACCCCACCAUGGACGGCGCCACAGCCGAGUGCCUGCCGGGCGCUAGCUCCCUACAGCAGGCUUCCCAGCCACUCCCGCCACCACUGCCCGAGAAGAAACGGCCCCAAGACUUCCAGUUUGGGAAAAUUCUUGGCGAAGGUUCUUUUUCGACAGUUGUCCUGGCUCGAGAACUGGCAACCUCCAGGGAAUAUGCUAUUAAAAUUCUAGAGAAAAAGCAUAUUAUCAAAGAGAACAAGGUACCGUAUGUAACCACAGAGCGAGAUGUGAUGUCGCGCCUGGAUCAUCCCUUCUUUGUGAAGCUUUACUUCACGUUUCAGGAUGAAAAAAAGCUGUAUUUUGGCCUUAGUUAUGCCCAAAACGGAGCACUUCUUAAAUACCUUCGCAAAAUUGGUUCACUCGAUGAGACCUGCGCUCGAUUCUACACCGCUGAGAUCGUGGCCGCCCUAGAGUACUUGCACAGCAAGGGCAUUAUUCACAGGGACUUGAAACCAGAAAACAUUCUGUUAAAUGCAGAUAUGCAUAUCCAGAUCACAGAUUUUGGAACGGCGAAAGUAUUGUCUCCAGAGAGCAAAGAAGUCAGGGCCUACUCGUUCGUAGGAACGGCACAAUUCGUUUCUCCUGAGCUGCUCACAGAGAAAUCAGCCUGUAAAAGUUCAGAUCUUUGGGCUCUUGGAUGCAUCCUAUACCAGUUUGUGGCAGGCUUCCCACCGUUCCGAGCCGGAAAUGAAUAUCUUGUAUUUCAGAAGAUCAUGAAAUUGGAAUAUGACUUUCCAGAAAAAUUCUUCCCAAAGGCAAGAGAUCUCGUGGAAAAACUUCUGGUUUUAGAUGCCACGAAGCGGUUAGGCUGUGAAGAGAUGGAAGGGUACGGACCGCUUAAAGCUCAUCCAUUCUUUGAGUCCAUUACGUGGGAGACCCUGCACCUGCAGACACCCCCGAAGCUCACCACUUACUUACCAGGCGCGUUGGAAGACAUCGAGGAGGACUACGGCAACUACGACAACGUCCUGAGCCAGUUUGGCGGCAUACAGGUGUCAUCGUCCUCCUCCCGCACCUUUUCUCGUCAGGAUGCCAGAAGGCCCCAGAGGUCCCGCUGCAGCAUAGAACGGUACAUCCACAUUUUGGACACUAAUUCUCUAGAACUGGACUUACGGUUUUCCGAAGAGGAGAAGAGGUUACUAUUGGAGAAGCAGGCAGGUGGAAACCCUUGGCAUCGGUUUGUAGAAAAUAAUUUAAUACUAAAAAUGGGUCCAGUGGAUAAGCGAAGGGGCCUGUUUGCACGACGACGACAGUUAUUGCUCACAGAAGGGCCACAUUUAUAUUAUGUGGAUCCUGUCAACAAAGUCCUGAAAGGUGAAAUUCCGUGGUCGCAAGAACUCCGACCAGAGGCCAAGAAUUUUAAAACUUUCUUUGUUCAUACGCCUAACAGGACAUAUUAUCCAUGUGCCCUUGUCUCCGUGGGGACCCAGCUCUGUGCAAGUCAGCCCAGUUCUACCCAGACUAGUGGACAGAUCUGGUGUUACCAGCUUCUCGCAUCAAAUGUGGUCACUGUCAGCUCAGACUGCCCACUGUGCCUUGCUUUACUCUAGGGACCCAGAGGAAGACAGGUAUUGAGGAGUUUUCUCCCCAUCUCCUGUGACACCAGCCAGGGCGGUGAGCAGUCCCUGUGUGGAAGGCCUCUACACCUCAGUGAGUGGCACUGCAGAGUGGCUACCAUUUAG